ACAGCCAUGUUAUGGAAGGUGCCCCUGCUUAUGGGACUCAUUGUGCUGGGGACCCAUAUCUGGACCAUUAAAAAAGAAUUUGUAGACAUUAGUAAGAAUCUGGAUUAUUUUGUGGCAUCAGUGGAGUUUGCCGUGGCUCAAUUCAAUGAUGACAACGCGGAAGAGAAUACAUACAGGUUGCUAGAGGUUGGAAGAGCCCAAAAAAAGACAUGGACAAUGAUAUUUUUAAUGGACUUGGAUAUGGGCCGCACAAUUUGUAAAAAACAUGAUGAAGACAUUGACAAUUGUCCUAUGCAAGAAGGCGCAGAAGAAAAAAAGGUGCGCUGUACUUUUCAUGUGGAUGCCCGACCUUGGUUUUCCCAGUUUACUCUUCUGUACAGCACCUGUACAGGUGGGGAAGGGGCCCCUGGCUUUUCACAGCAGAAAUCCCCUCUUUCCCUAGACAGUCUGUAG